UUAAGUAAAAUGAGUCUCCUUAUCGUAUUUUGUUUUUUCAGCAUUUUGGAUUGACCCACUACAGUCGGGUAUUGAGCUGGAUGUUGCAAGUGCGGUCAAAGAAAUUAAAGCUUUGCAAUUGGAAACCGAGAUUCAGUAUUACGUUGUCGUUAUAGAGAACACAGGCAGACAGAAGGAAGAGAAGAAUAUGGAAAAACUUUGCGAACACCUGGCGACGGACGGUGUAUCGGUAGUUAUCGACUUUACCUAUCACAUAUGGCAUAAUGGAUUGGAUCUACUUAGAAUGUAUCAAAUUCCUUUCUUACGAGUAGAUCGCAUAUUGGCGCCAUAUUUAAAAAUGUUUUCACAAUUUGUGUUGGAAAAAUCGGGACACGAAUGCAUUAUGAUCUUUCAGAAUGCCAGAGACACCGAGGAAGCUGUUAUACAAGUCGUCGAAGGUUAUCCCUUCCGCACUUUGAUAAUGAAUGCAUUCGAUAAGCAAGAUUUUAUACAGCGCUUACGAAAGAUCCGGCCAAUGCCUUCUUGUUAUGCGAUCUUUGCAGAAGGCACAGCAAUGAAUAGUAUUUUUGAAAGGAUUUCAAAAGCCAACGUUUUUGAGAGACCACGAGAAUGGCAUUUUAUUUAUUUGGAUCCACGUGAUCGUGUUUUUAAAUUUAAGAAACAAGUGGAUUUUGCGACGAAAUUUACGAUCAAUCCGAAGACUCUUUGCCGGUCGCUAAGAAUGAAGGAUGCAUAUUGUCUAAGUGGAUUUUCGUUGCAACGCGCAAUAAUACUGGAAAUCUUACGCGGUUUAAUCGAACUCAAGCAAACCAAUUUGUAUUGGUUGCAAACUUUUGUGAUGGAAUGCAACUACACCAGCCCCAAUGAAAACGGAACAAACGGUUUUAAUAUUUUGGAACAAUUUCCAUUGAAUGAGUUUCUAUACUUUACAACCGACGUCAGAUUUCCCAACGACGAAUUCGAUCAUGUGCCACGCCUCACUUAUUCACCGACGAUCAACAUAAAUCUUUACUCGAGCGAACACGAUGCUGCGACCGAAUUGGCCAUUUGGCAAAAUGAUAAUCUGCGUAAAAUAAAUGAGACGAUCAGUAAACCGCGUCGAUUUUUUCGCAUCGGGACUGUAGAGGCCAUCCCUUGGAAUUACAUGAAACGUGAUCCGAAAACUGAUGAACUAAUACUCGACGCUUAUGGUAACCCGAUUUGGGAGGGUUUCUGUAUUGACUCGAUUAAAAAGCUAUCGGAACGUUUAAAUUUCGGCUACAUGCUGGUACCACCGACCUCGGGUGAAUUUGGUCGUCGCGAUGUCAUUAAUGAUCGCUGGGAUGGUAUUGUCGGUGAUCUAGUGACUGGUGAGACAGACUUUGCUGUUACCGCGCUGAAAAUGUACUCCGAGCGCGAGGAAGUGAUAGACUAUAUAGCACCGUAUUUUGAGCAAACCGGCAUUUCGAUUGUAAUGCGUAAACCGGUACGACAGACAUCACUCUUCAAAUUCAUGACGGUCUUACGCGUUGAGGUUUGGUUUAGUAUUAUUGCCGCGCUGGUGGGUAGCGCAAUUAUGAUAUGGCUGCUUGAUAAGUAUUCACCCUAUAGCUAUAGAAAUAAUCGUGCAGCCUAUCAGUAUCCUUGUCGUGAAUUCACACUACGCGAGAGUUUCUGGUUCGCCUUGACCUCCUUUACCCCUCAGGGUGGUGGUGAAGCCCCAAAAGCUGUAUCUGGGCGUAUAAUGGUCGCCGCUUAUUGGUUGUUUGUGGUCUUGAUGCUGGCCACCUUCACAGCUAACUUGGCGGCCUUUCUAACCGUGGAACGUAUGCAGACACCAGUACAAUCUUUGGAACAGCUGGCACGUCAGUCUAGAAUCAAUUAUACUGUUGUUGAAGGUUCAAGCACACAUCAAUAUUUCAUCAAUAUGAAAUUCGCUGAGGACACACUCUAUCGCAUGUGGAAGGAGUUGACACUGAACGUGACGGAAGAUUUUCAGAAAUACAGAAUUUGGGAUUACCCAAUCAAGGAACAAUAUGGUACAAUAUUACUGGCUAUAAAUGGUUCCGAGCCGGUAAAGGAUGCUAAAGAAGGCUUUCGCAAGGUCAACGAACAUGAAAAUGCCGAUUUUGCUUUUAUACACGACUCAUCGGAAAUCAAAUACGAAUUGACGCGUAACUGUAAUCUGACUGAAGUCGGUGAAGUAUUCGCAGAACAACCCUACGCUAUCGCGAUACAACAGGGUUCACAUUUUGCGGACGAAUUAAGUUAUGCACUCCUAGAAUUACAAAAGGAUCGCUUCUUCGAGGAUCUCAAAGCGAAAUAUUGGAACAUGUCACGCAUUAAAGCCUGUUCCGUAAAUGAAGAACAAGAAGGCAUAUCACUCGAAAGCUUGGGUGGUGUUUUUAUAGCCACGCUCUUCGGCUUAGGCUUGGCCAUGGUCACAUUAGUGUUGGAAAUAAUCUACUAUCGUCGAAAAUACAGUGCAAUGCAUCGUUUCAAUGAAAUAACAAAAGUGAAACCCGCCUCUGGUACGUCCAUCAAACAAUUGUUGCCGAAGAAGAAAAAGAAGCGUAUCGCCGUUUGGCAUACGAGCACAUCAAAGCGUGAUAACUCACCUGAGCACCAGACGCCACCACCAGCUUUCGAUGCCGUUAAAUUUCGAGGCAAGAAGGUACCGCCCAGCAUCACAUUAGGUGGUCAAGAGUUCAAGCCGAGGCGUGCGGGUUUGCGUCAGCUAAGUGAAAGCUUGGAUAGCGAAGAGUAUAGAAAAGAGGGUAUACCGGCAAAUAGGGAUGAUGAAUUGCCGCCUUACACAGAAUGAAUUGGGUGUGAGGUUGGUAUUAAUAGUAAUCAAUUAUUUUAAUUCAUGGAAUAUAUGAAGUCUACUACAAAUAAAAAUGUUUCUUUAGUGAAAGUAUA